AGUAGUGGAUAGUGAGGGAACCUGCUUUGGCGUCAGUUGAACCGCAGCAAUGCGACCGCUCACCGCACUGCUGAUAGUGGCCGCGUGCCAGUGUGUUUACGCACACCAACACCCGCGAACGUCGCGCCAACUUUUGCAAACCACGCUACACUCGCUCCUCGGACAACACUACCACCCCAUACAACGUAUAUUCUCCUGUAGUCACGAGUUAGGACCCACAAAAUGUCUAAGUGCUCUAAGUGUGUGGCGAGCAGAGCGCGCCAUCGAAGCGUUCGCCCAGAAUCCCGCCAAACAGUUCAACCUGACUGAAGAUGUGGAGCAGUUCCCAUGGAAGAAGUACAGUAAUGUAUCUGACGAACAGCUAUACACACAACUUUAUGACGAUACCACAAAAUUGCUCCGAUAUCGGUCCCUGGCUUUUGACACGAUACCCGGAUACAAUGUGAAGCUAGGAUCCAAAGAAAAUGGAACGAUGCGUGUCGACAUCUAUACAAGUGACACUGCGGAAACUGGCCGAAGCACGAUGAAGAAGGUGCAGAAAAUGUUUUACAAAUACGCGCCAUUUCUUCUAGUACCUGGGCUGGUGGUAUCAGCAAUUAUUCCGUUUAUAUUGCCGGCACUAAAGAUGAUGACUUUGAUGGUCGGAAUGAUGAAUUCGAUGGCAUUAAUGGGAGCAACAUUUACAAUACUCAGGAACAAUGCCUUUAACGAUAAGUACCAACAUAAAGUGAUUUAUGUUAAUAGUGGAUAUGAGAAUGAGAAGCAGCAUUUUGCUGCGACGAACAAUGAGGAACAUAUCCAUACGGAUCAUUAUGGAAUGGUCUACGAUGAAACGAAGAACCACCCACAGCAAGCGGGUGUAGAAUUUGAAAAUAUGGAAUCUUUGCCACCAUUUGCAUUAAACCCUGAUUGGCUGAAAGCGUAUAGCGAAGGUAAAAUAGUCGCUUUAAUGGGCCAAGACCAACAUAUUCAGAAAAAGCAUUAAUAUUGUUGAAAGUAUGUUUUAUAUAGACUUGCCAGGUUCAAAGCGAACCCGACGAAUCACAAUGCUUUAAUAUUUUGUAAGUAUUAUACGUAUUAUAACAGUUUUGCCCUUUAUACAUAGGUAAUGAUUUGUCUUGUCCAUUUUAAUAUUUAUAAUUUCUGACUCGAAAAAAAGGACAUGGAAAUGGUACUCUGUAUUAUUUAAUUAUUUAAAAUAGGUUUAUUGUUUUUGUAUAUGUUAUUAACUUAUUUAUAGCAAAGUUAAUCGUGUAUAAGGAUUUAGUUGCCGUUAGUCUAUUUAUAAGAUUAGUGUUAUUAAUUUAUUGACUUUGAUUAGUUAACUUAUUUAGGGUUUAAAAUUGUAAAGCAAUUUUUUGAGGUAUUUUUCCAAAUAUUCCAAAGUAACAUUUUUAGAAACAUGCAUAGUAUGUACUUAAUGCUUGCCUCUUCCUAUAUGAUUGUAAUUUAAAUAGAUUACCUCGUAAUUCAUUUCGAGUUCAUUUUCUUUUUUUAUGCCACGAUUGCCUCUUGUUCCGUAUUUUGUUGUUUUGUUUUGUUGUUAAUAAAUAUAGCUACAUAAUUAUGUACUUCUAGUCUGUUCUACUGGUUAUUGAAUAAAUAUUAUACAUUGGUUUA